AAUGCCUGACCCUCCUGGAUCUGUCCCUGGUCCUCCUCUCCUCCCCCACUGAGAUUUCCAAACCGUGUCUUUGUGCCCUCCUCAUCUCCCAUCACUCUGGUCCAAGGGGUCCCAGAGGUUUUUUCUUCUACCGCCCUAUCAUUGUUAUUUCUCUCCCUCCUGGACGAGAGGGCUACCGCACUUCACCUGGCAUCCUGUACAGUCACGUUACUCUGAGGCAACCCACCGACCUACCUGUGCCUUUUGAUUCCUUGACACAUAUUUUUUGGGACGCGGCUCAAGAUGCCAGAGCCAACAAAGAAAGAUGAGAUGCCAAACGGCCAGCCAGAAGAAAGUGUUGCACCAGACAGUAACGGUGCCCUGCCCCUACCUGAGAUUUCCCUGGAGAUUUCUCCACCCCCAGAGGCGGUAGCAGAGGGAAAAGUGCCAAUAGAGACUGAUGUGAAGAGCACAGAGCCCACAGAGUCUGAGCCAGUACAGGCAUUGGUGGCUCAGGAGCCGGGACCCGCAGAGAAUGGCUCAAACCAACCACAGACUGGUGGGGUUGGGGUAAAAUUUCAAGAGUCCAUUGACUCUGCUGUAAAGGAAGAGGGCCCUUGCUCUCCCCCACCAACAGAUGAUGAUGCUGCAGCCACUACCCCAUCCCCAACACCCCAAGCAGAAGAUGCCAAUUCACUCAAGAAACUCUCAAUUGAGCUGCCUAAUGAUAGCGUCCCUUUGCCAGCCAUGGGGAGAAAAGACUCAGUGUGGUCUCUGGGAGACGGCCAGGGCCCAGACGACCUGGACAAGCCCAUUGACAGCCCACCACGAUCCACCCUACUGAUAGAGAGCCCCCAGAGUGCCUCUGUCCCUGUGGGUGGAGACAUCACCUUUGUUGCCAAGGUGGAGGCCAAAGAUCUCCUCCGCAAACCCACCAUCAAGUGGUUUAAAGGAAAAUGGAUGGAUCUGGCAAGCAAGACAGGAAAGCACUUACAGCUGAAAGAGACCUUUGAUCGAUUGACCAAGAUCCUCACAUUUGAGAUGCACAUCAUUAAGGCCAAAGACAACUAUGCUGGAAACUACAGGUGUGAAGUCACCUACAAGGACAAGUUUGACAGCUGUUCCUUCGACUUGGAGGUUCAAGAAGCUGAGCAAGGCUCACAGAAUGUUGAUAUUCGAUCAGCUUUCAAAAGAAGCAGUGAAGGACAAGAAGAUGCAGGGGAGCUUGACUUUAGUGGUCUCCUUAAACAUAGAAAUCAAAGAGAGCCAAAACAGGAUGAUGCUCCAGAGGUGGAUGUGUGGGAGAUCCUAAAGAACGCCCGUCCAGAUCAGUAUGAAAAGAUUGCCUUUACGUACGGCAUCACAGAUCUGAGGGGUCUGCUGCGGAGGAUGAAGAAGAUCCCAAAAGAGGAGAAGAAAAGCGAAGCUUUUGCAAAGAAGCUGGAACCAGCAUAUCAGGCGGAUAAAGGUGGAAAGAUCCGCUUGGUGGUCGAUCUGGCAGACCCCACAGUUGAGCUGAAGUGGUACAAGAACGGACAGGAAAUCCGGCCCUCUCCCAAUCAACGGAAGUAUAUUUUUGAGCAUAAAGGCACACAAAGGAUAAUGGUCAUCAACAACUGCAGCAUGAAUGACGACGCAGCUUAUUCUGUAGCUGCGGGAGACGAGAAAUGUGCCACAGAGCUGUUUGUCAAAGAGUUGCCAGUUAAGAUAAUUAAAGGUAUUGAGGCGGUGAAGACCACGGUGAAUGAGAGGAUUGAGCUGGAGUGUGAGGUGUCAGAGGAAGGUGCUCAAGUCAAAUGGAUGAAGAAUGGUGUUGAGGUUCCAACAGGAGUGCGCUCCAGAUACCGAGUUAAGUGUGAAGGAACAAAACACUUCUUGGUGAUUGAUGAUGCUGCCAGGGAGGACACUGGGACAUACUCCAUCAUGGCUACCGGUGGCACAUCUGAGGCUCGCGUACAAGUUGACUUGAAACCGCUAAAGGUGCACCAGGACCUGCAGGAUACGACUGUGAUGCUGGGUCAACCCAUCAAGUUGCAAUGUGAGAUUUCCCCCGGCAACGUCCCAGGUCGUUGGUACAGGAAUGGACAGCUGAUCCAGCCCAAUGACCGCAUCAAUAUCAUACACAGAAAUAGGAUCCAUCGUCUUGAAAUUGCCAGCAGCUCCCUUCACGAUGCAGGAGAUUACACUUUUGUACCUGAGGGAUAUUCACAGAGCCUGUCUGCAAAACUUCAUAUCAUUGACCCACCGAGGGUGCACCUGGACAGCAUGAACUUCCCAGACAACACGGUGACAAUUGUGGCAGGAAACAAACUUCGCUUGGAGAUCCCCAUCAGUGGAGAACCAGCACCCAGGGUGGUGUGGAUGAAGGGGGAAAGAGUGAUUCUUGAGUCAGGCCAACGUGUCCGAGCUGAAACGUACGGCGACCAGACCAGUCUGACAAUUGAGGUCACAGAGCGGGAGGACACAGGCAACUACAAGAUCGUCCUGCAGAAUGAGGCUGGUGAAGCCACAGCCAGCGUCAAAAUCAAGGUUGUAGACAUCCCUGACCCUCCAGAGGCUCCCUUGGUCCCAGUGGUCGGAGGUGAUUGGUGCUCCAUGACAUGGGAACCACCAAAAUAUGAUGGAAGUUCACCAAUAUUAGGCUACUUCAUCGAGAGAAAAAAGAAACAAAGCUCCAGGUGGAUGAGACUGAACUUUGACCUGAUCAAAGAAACAUCGUUCGAACCCAAGAAGAUGAUUGAAGGAGUGCCAUAUGAAGUGCGGGUCUUUGCAGUCAAUGCUAUUGGCGUGUCCAAGCCCAGUGAACCAUCCAAAGCCUUUACUCCCCUCGCUGUGACCAGUGAGCCCACCAUGCUGGUUGUGGACGAUGUGACAGACACCACGGUGACCGUGAAGUGGCGCCCUCCUGAAACCAUCGGAGCUGCCGGUCUGGACGGAUACUUAGUGGAGUACUGCAUAGAAGGAAGUGAUGAUUGGAAAGUAUCCAACCAGGAACUAACAGAAAAGACCAGGUACACCGUCACUGGGCUGACUCCAGGGUGUAAAAUCUUAGUUCGAGUCAAAGCCAUAAAUGCUGCCGGAGCCAGCAAUCCACGGACCCUUCAGCACUCUAUCCUGGUCAAAGAGGUUAUUGAACCACCCAAGAUCCGCGUCCCCCGACACUUGAAGCAGACAUACACUCGCAGAGUUGGAGAAGCAGUCAACCUUGUGGUGCCAUUUAUGGGCAAACCCAGGCCAAAGGUCACCUGGCUGAAAGAGGGCAAGCCCAUAGAGCCUACCGACGUCAGCAUCCGCAACACAGAUUGUGACAGCAUCAUCUUUAUCCGUAAAGCAGAACGCAGCCACUCUGGAAAGUAUGAGAUGAAUGUGCAGGUUGAAAACCACGUGGACACUGCCAUUCUUGACAUACAAAUCGUAGACCUACCUGGGCCUCCUAUGUGUGUGACGAUUGAAGAUGUUUGGGGAGGAAAUGUGGCUCUGGUCUGGACUCCUCCAAAAGACAACGGCAAUGCUCCCAUAACAGGCUACACCAUUCAAAAAGCAGACAAGAAGACAAUGGAAUGGUUCACAUGCAUUGAGCACUACCAUCGCACCUGCAUCACUAUCACAGAGCUGGUGGUAGGAAACGAGUACUUCUUCAGGAUCUUCGCGGAGAACAUGUGCGGCCUCAGCGAAACUGCCACCCAAACCAAAAAAAGCGCCCUCAUUGUCAAAGAAGGGAAUUUCCCACAUGAUACCGCUCAGCGCCAGUAUCAUGCACAACCCCAUUCCUUUACCCUUACCCCAACAGGCUUGCAGAUAAAAACGCACGAUUACAAUGACCACGACUUCAAGGAGGCGCCAAAGUUCACGCAGCCGCUGAUCAACACUUUUGCCAUCGCCGGCUACAACGCUACUCUCAACUGUAGCGUCCGUGCCAACCCAAGGGCCAAAGUGAUCUGGAUGAAGAAUAAGAUAGCCAUCCUCGACGACCCGCGCUACCGCAUGUUCAGCAACCAGGGAGUAUGUACUCUGGAGAUCAGGAAGCCCAGCCCCUAUGAUGGCGGCAUGUACUCCUGCAAGGCCAUCAACGACCUGGGAGAGGCCCAAGUGGAGUGCAAGCUGGAGGUCAAAGUCCAAACUCAAGAAUUGUGAAUGUAUGUUCUCAUAUAAGGAGGCUUCACCUUCUAUGAACUCAUGCAACGAGGAGUGCCGCUACACCUGAUUGACAAGUACUUGAACGAGACGAAGAUUGUCGAGCAGGAGAAGUAAAAUUGGACAGAGUGCAAUGAGACAAUUUAGCUUUGCUGAAAUCUGCCGCCAGCUGUGAUGCUCUCAUCUCACCUACUGAGGUCAGCGGCCUGAAGGUUGGAUGGAUGGCGAGACAGGUGGAGGAGUGUGGGGGAGGUUGUACUGGUCUGUGGUGUGGCAUGCUGUGUGCAGAUUUGGAGCUAGUUACCAUAACAAGUUGUUAAGUACAUGUAGUGUGUAAAAAAAAAAAACUAAAAAAAAAAAUCAUAUACAAAGCACAUCUAUAGCCCAGUGACACACUUACAUUAUUCACAUGUUGAUUCUUGUUGGGAGUGUCUGUUGAAGGUGAUAAUUUAUUUCCAGGGUCUGAAAGACAAGAAAAUGAAAUGUAUAAAGAAAGGUUUUUGUCAGAACUUCUAUGUGGCAAGAACAAUAAAAAUAGAGUAAUGUUGGAGAAAUUAAUUUGCAGACCUAAUUCAUAAUUAUAAUUCACAUUAAUAUGUGUUCAUUUCACUUUUUCUGUGUAGAUCAUUUAUGUUUAAUAAGUGAUAAAAUGUAGAGGUUUACACUCCAUAUUCUGCGUGACACAUUAUGUUUUUGGAUUAAUAUUGGACUUGAAGCUUGAUUGAUGCUCGGCCACGCGCGCAUGUCUUUACCUUUGUAAUUAUGACCCGUGGAUUACAAUAAAUUUAAAUAUUUUAAAAUGUG